GUGUUCUAUUACUCUCGUAAGCUUGAUUUUGCUUCAGAAACGUUUUACAGAUUUGAUGCAGGCGCUGUACGUUCUUGACGGGCAUCACAACAGACCAAUAAUAUUCAAAGAAAGAAUUUGCGCUAUCUUGUGAUUGGAUGCUUUACUUCCUGUUUUCGUAGCUCUCUUGGUACUCGCCUGAAAAAGUCUGAGCCAAUAUUUACAAGUUUUUAUCGACUGCGGAGUCAAGUGAGGGUUCCUUCGGUAAUAAGGAUGUAAGUGGAGACACGUGGAUGUAGCUCGGCCCGCCUAUGGCUUUUGUUCUAGUUUGUUUUACGCUAGAGCCUCAAUGUUUUCGACCAACAUGGAAACAAAAAGAGUCGAGAUCCCCUCUGGCAUACUGGACGACCUCUGCAGCCGAUUCAUCCUACACAUUCCCAGUGAGGAACGGGACAACGCUAUCCGGGUGUGCUUCCAGAUUGAGUUGGCACACUGGUUUUACCUGGACUUCUGCAAGCCAAACACACCUGCUGCCCCUCACUGUGGGAUAAGAGACUUUGCCAAAGCUGUUUUCCAACACUGUCCCUUCCUCUUGCCCCAUGGAGAAGAUGUGCAGAAGGUCCUCGACCAGUGGAAGGAGUACAAGAUGGGUGUUCCUACUUAUGGAGCAAUCAUUCUUGAUGAGUCGUUAGAAAGUGUAUUGCUUGUUCAGGGCUACCUUGCAAAGUCAAGCUGGGGCUUUCCCAAAGGGAAAGUGAAUGAGGAUGAAGCGCCUCAUGAUUGUGCCGUUCGUGAAGUGUUAGAGGAAACGGGCUUCGACAUUAAGAAUCGUAUCGAUAAAGAUAUGUACAUAGAGCAGAAAAUUACUGACAAGCUUGUGCGGCUCUAUAUCAUACCAGCAGUAUCCAAGGAUACAAAGUUUUAUCCCAAAACGAGAAAAGAAAUCAGGAAUAUUGAAUGGUUCCCGAUUGAGAAUCUCCCGCGUCACAGUGGCGACAUGACCCCAAGGUCUAAACUUGGACUUGCCCCCAACAGGUUUCUCAUGGCCAUUCCAUUUAUAAGGCCGCUACGAGAAUGGAUUAGCAGGGUGAAAGAUGAGCCCCCGGAUAGCGAUGACGACUUUGCAAACAAUGGCACCACUCCAGCAAAAACCUCAGACAAUGCACGGUUAAAAUCCCGCCGCAUCACUGCUAUGGAAGUAUUUCCCGGAGAUGGUUACACCAAAUAUAAGCAGCAGAAGGAGCUGAGCCAAUUUGAGUUGAAUCAGGGCCAACACUUAAAAGGCAAUGGGAAGAAAUACCAGGAAUCACCUUAUCUAAAGAAAGGACUAAAUGAAAAUGGAUUCAGCGCACAUCAGGUCAAAAUAUUAUCAAAAGAAGAUAAACGGCUUCAUCCCAGAAGACUACAAGACAAAUUUGAGAAAGAUGGUAAUCCAUGCAGCUCUCUGAAUGGUCAACAGACUGCCCAGCAAAAAGCCACGGAGCACCUUUUGUCAUCCACAACGUUCCUCAGUUUUAAAUUCGACAAAGAUGCCAUCAUGAGAUGUUUUGACUUCUGACAUGGGCGGACAAAGUGGUAUGCCUCUCCUGGCAUACGAUCUAUGAGCUCUCUGAUUUUUUUUUUUUCCCCCGACCUGUCACUCCAGACAAGGGUGUUAAGACCGGCGCCGCUCACAUUUGUUUCUUGUCAGAUUUACAACACAUUUGGUGUUAGGAACAUUUUCAUCCAAUAACCUUCCUCAGUCUGGCUUUCAUUUGAGCACAGUGGUCCAUAUGAUCUGACAGAAAUGUAUUGUUCCUCUCUUGUUUUAAUAAUUGGUAAAUCCACAUUAUUCUAUGCCUCUUAGCUAAUUGCAGUUGUCUUUUGAAUCCUUCAGGAAAAAAUUGUUCUUGUCUUUAUGACCAAAUAACUCAAGGUUUUAUCAAUACCUGUACUGUCAUUUAGAAUGUGAUGCAUUUUAGAGAAGCAAAGUGCACUUGGUCUUAUUCAAGUUGGAUCAAAGCAUGUUGUAUAGGUGUUUGUGGUUGCCAUUAUUAAAAUGAAUUUGAAAUAAGUUGGAAUUUAAAAACACCAUUUUUAAAGUCACAGUAAAAUAUCUGGAUUCAAAGGUGGUCACCCAGUAUUGGACUUACCUGGCAGGCUGGGUGUUUGCUGAUUUCCAAGACAAAUUACAUUUAUUUAGAAUUUGGGGGACAUGUGAUAUUUGACACUAAAUCUGUCAGUUAUUCUGCCACCCAAAAAUAGUUUUAGUAAAAUGUAUUAUUAUUAAUAAUUGCAGUCACUGACUUCCACAUUUUAUCAUUUGACUGAAAUGUGUACCACUGUGUAUUCGUUUGACUGGAAACGUCUGGCUGUUCUUUGCUGUCAACCGAUGAAUUCCAAUUUGUUCGACCUGUUCUACCACAGAGUUUGUGUUAGAUUUUAAAAAAAAAUUGCCGUCACAAACACCUAGAAUCGCUGGGUGAGACCAAGUAACUCCCUCAAGUAUUACCGCUUGCAUUCAAGGCACAAAUGAUUUCCUUGCUUUGACGCUGAAAACCCAAGUGGUCACAUGUCGGUUACGUUCAUGUGAAAUGACCGCGUUUGACUGUGAGAUGCGGGAUCUGUUUGAAAAUUUGUUACUGUGUUUAUUAUUACUUAUUGUACAGCAGAUGGUGAUAUGUUAAGAUAUGGUACAUCGUGAGUGGUUUGACUUCACACAUGUAAAAUAGAAAUAAAAUCAGGUUUUGCACACA